AUGAACAUCAAAACAAUCGCCGGCUUGCUUUUCCUUGGCUCCGCCAACGCUGCCAUUCAGGUGUCCCUGACCAGUACCAGCGGAGUCACUAUUCCGUACAACGUGGAUCCUGAUGGAAGUUGCUUUUCCCUGAACGGCGGUACCCUCGCGCAGUUCAACGACAAUCUCCAACAAAUGCAAAUUCCAAGUGGCUAUGAAUGCGCAGUCUGGGAGUAA